GAGCACCAGAUCAGCUCUGCGUCCGCCUUUCUCCUUGACUUUGGGUGGAGCAACCCUCAGCCCUGCCAUAACUCGACCUGUCUCCCACAGCUGUGGGUUAGUGCUUCUGCUACCUCUCUCACUUCUGUUGCUCUUUUUCGCGUCGAGCUCCAGUACAGCAUCUGCCACCUACCACGAAUUCAUGUCCGUUCGGCCCUAAGCGAUAUGAAUGCCGGCCAUGGCAUUUCUCCGAUUAUGCCUUUUUGCUGUGCUUAAUUUCGCUGCACGGUCGCUGCAAGACUCAAAGAACCCCUUGACAGACUUCUGCAGGCGCUGGGGUCAUCAAACCGCCCAGGUGGAUGGGAAGCUGUAUAUUGAUGGAGGCCUUGUUGCUUGGAAUCCGCUCUCUGCGAAUCCCCUCAAUUACACAAACACAUGGCUCCUCUACAGCGAUCUCAACACUUCGACAACUGACAUUGGCAUGCCCCAGCAAUAUGCGAAUUUGACAAAAAAUAGCACUGUUCCAAGCGUGUCGGGUGGUGUAUUAUGGGCGGACGAAGUGAAUAAGUGCUUUUAUCUGUAUGGCGGGCAAUACCAGAGCAACCCGGAGGACUUCAGCUUCUGGGCAUAUGACACAAUCCUCAACCAAUGGAACGAGACUCACUUUACGAGCAACGUCAAUUCGAUGCAACGCGCAGCUUAUGGUGCUGGAACCCAAAUCAAUGAGUUAGGAGUUGGAUUUUACUAUGGAGGAUGGAUAAACAAUCAAACUUCUCCUGGGUGGAAUGGGCCUCCUAUGGCCACCAACAACCUGAUCAAGUAUGAUAUGACGGCGGGCACAUUGAACAACAACACUGGACCAGACGGCACUGGACGUGCAGAGGGAUCCAUGGUGUAUCUUCCGGCAUCAGACGGAGGUCUCCUCAUCUACUUUGGUGGUAUUGAAGAUCCGUACAAGAACGGAAGUUUUGUCGGUGCCAACAUGAGUACAAUUCACAUUUUCGACGUGGCUUCGUCGAAGUGGUACACGCAAAACGCCAGCGGCGCAGCUCCUCCUGCACGGCGACAGUUUUGCGCCGGUGCCACAUGGGCCGAUGAUCACUCGUCCUAUAAUAUAUAUCUCUACGGCGGGUUCGGCAUCUCGAACAUCACCGGAUACGACGACGCGUACAUCCUAUCUCUUCCCUCGUUUACUUGGAUUAAGGCUUGGCCGACUGGCAAUGCAACCGGCACUCCCUUACCGCAUGGAGGCUGCUCAGCAAACGUGAUUAAUAGAGACCAGAUGCUCAUUAUCGGUGGAUGGUUCACAACUUCCGACACCUGCGAUUCUCCGAACGGAUGGGGCCAGCAUAAUAUGAAUCUCGGCUUCAAUGGCCCUUCGAAGACAUUGUGGGACAAAUAUGAUCCAAAAGUUUCAACCUACUUUGUGCCUACGCCCAUCAUUUCUGCCGUUGGUGGUGGGCCUACUGGAGGCGCAACCGCCAAAACGCCUUCUAGUUGGGACAACCCUGACCUCGCAGUCUACUUCACUCGAGUUCCGACGUUUUCCGCCCGCGCCGCAACCCGUACAAUUCCAUCUGGUACUGCGACGCCGACAAGCACCGGAAAGUCUUCGAAAACCAAGGUUGGUGCUAUUGCGGGAGGAGUCGUUGGUGGCCUCGCUUUCCUCAUUGCGAUCCUCUCACUAUGUCUCUUCUGUCUCCAUCGCCGCAAGAAAGCCAACAAAACAAAGGAGAAGAAGGAAAAGACACCCUCACCACCCCCCGCUGAACUCGCCGCGGCAUCUCCCAUCCACGAAAUGGCAUCUCCAGGCGCCCAAAAAUACAUAAGUAUGCACCAGCAACCAGAUAUGACCAAUCAUCCUGCGUUCUCAGGUCCCAACUCCAUACACUCUCGCUCUCCGAGCGGCAACACCAUGUCUCUCGAUUACCAACACACCCCAACAUCCCCCUACCCACCUCAGCCAUACGGAUCCACUACUCCAACAUCAGCCGCCCCCUAUCCUUCACCUUAUGGAACUUACCCAUCUGGUACCAUCCCCUAUUCCGACAACCCUGAUGCGUAUGAUACUGAGCCCUACAACCGGCACAAUUCCUACCCUCCUCCUAGCAGUGCCUUCCACCAGCGCCAAUCCUCUUACCCAACCCCAACAUCUCCAAACCACUCUCAACAACCCCAUCUUUACGACCCUAGCCAGCCCGUAACGCAAACGUACUACCCACCGCCACCCGACCCAUCACAUUCCAACUCGCAAUCUCGAUCACAUCAAAGUUAUUCAGACCGGAUAGGUAGUCCAGAAGGAACUCAGUAUAGUGGGGAUACGGAAUUUCCGACGAGUAAAACGAAUACGCCGGCACACUUUUACGCACAACCCGCGAUGAGUGGGGGUGCAGGACAUAGCCCCGGGACGAAUGGAGGAGAGAGGGGGAGCCUGAGGGGGAGUGUAGACAGGCGCCCUGUGAGGGGGAGGUUUGUGGAAGUGGAUCAUAUGUGAGGAAGAGCUUGGGUUAAGGAUAAUAAAUGCCUGAGAUGUGAAUAUUGAAGAAUCAGAGGAUGCGAAGAAUUAUUGUAGAAGAAAGAAGAGCCACGGGUGUGCAACAAAGGAGGGGGAAGACAGGACCGGGAAGAAGAGAUGUAUGCAUACAUGCAUACAUUUCACUUUCAACACUUAAACUGGAGGUAAUUUUGAUCGGCACUGCUCUCACGCACAUGCACUCAUGCACAUAGCGUUCUUGGACGGACCGUAUACAGUAAUGACUUGCUGGCAUUGGGGUAAGAGACGGAGUUAUAUAUUGGAAUGGAUACUCAUGGGAAGCGUGCAUGCGUAUAUUUGCCGCGAAUUAAAGGGUUGGAAUGGAAUGUGUAAUUCGUGUAAUUGUAGUCUAUAUUUAGGAACUAUGAAAUUUGUGUUGAUUUCAGCCUCGGACCGAAGCCUUGUUCUA